GGGGCGGACUCCUGGACUGCCGCGCGCCCGGGAACCUGGCGCCCGCAGAGCCGCGGCACCAUGGCACCUGCCGGACGCCCGGGGGCCAAGAAGGGGAUUUUGGAACGCCUGGAGAGUGGGGAGGUUGUGAUUGGAGAUGGCAGCUUUCUCAUUACUCUGGAGAAGAGAGGCUAUGUGAAGGCUGGGCUCUGGACUCCAGAGGCAGUGAUAGAACACCCAGAUGCAGUUCGUCAACUUCACAUGGAAUUCUUGAGAGCAGGAUCAAAUGUCAUGCAGACUUUCACCUUUUCUGCCAGUGAGGACAAUAUGGAAAGCAAGUGGGAAGAUGUAAAUGCUGCUGCCUGUGACCUCGCCAGGGAAGUGGCUGGCAAAGGUGAUGCUUUGGUUGCAGGGGGGAUCUGCCAGACAUCAAUAUACAAAUACCACAAGGAUGAAACUAGAAUUAAAAAACUUUUUCGACAACAGCUAGAAGUUUUUGCCUGGAAAAAUGUGGACUUCUUGAUUGCAGAGUAUUUUGAGCAUGUUGAAGAAGCUGUGUGGGCUGUGGAAGUCUUAAAAGAAUCCGAUAGACCCGUGGCAGUUACCAUGUGCAUAGGCCCAGAGGGAGACAUGCAUGAUAUAACCCCUGGAGAAUGUGCCGUGAGGCUCGUGAAGGCAGGGGCUUCCAUCGUUGGCGUGAACUGCCGCUUUGGGCCCGAGACCAGCUUGAAGACGAUGGAGCUCAUGAAGGAGGGUCUCGAGCGGGCAGGGCUGAAAGCGCACCUCAUGGUACAGCCCCUGGGGUUCCACACGCCCGACUGUGGCAAAGAGGGGUUUGUGGACCUCCCAGAAUAUCCCUUUGGACUGGAGUCCAGAGUUGCCACCAGAUGGGAUAUUCAAAAAUACGCGAGAGAAGCCUACAACCUGGGGGUCCGGUACAUUGGCGGGUGCUGUGGAUUUGAGCCCUACCACAUCAGGGCAAUUGCAGAGGAGCUGGCCCCAGAAAGGGGCUUUUUGCCACCAGCUUCAGAAAAACAUGGCAGCUGGGGAAGUGGUUUGGACAUGCACACCAAACCCUGGAUUAGAGCAAGGGCUCGAAGGGAGUAUUGGGAGAAUCUGCUGCCAGCUUCAGGCAGACCUUUCUGUCCUUCGCUGUCAAAGCCAGACGUCUAAGGAGUAGUGAAAGAAAACCCUGAAAUAACAGAACGGAAAAAAGUUGCCCUCAAGCCCGACCUGGAACCCUUCCUCGCCUUCAUCCUCACCAUGCUCUGCUAUCUCCAGCUGCUGAGCAGCUGAGGUGCUGCAGCUCCUUCCCUUCCAGUCCACAAGCGCGUACAAAUUGAGCUCCUGCUGUGGUUAAGCACUGCAACAGACACUACCAGAGAUGCAGAGAAGCGAGAGGCACCUUGUUCUCCAAGAACUUACUGGCCAAUAAUGCUGCAGUGCAUUCCUUUGAAGAUCAUCAGGAAUAGCCAAACUUGUCUUUGAGGGUGAAUUUGACACUUUAAAAUAAUCAGAAGUCACUGAGACCCAAAGCUAGUGAAUAAUUCAAGUGACUAAGCUAGGUACUUGAGGAUGAUAGAGCAACACUAAACUAAAGCAAUGAGUCUGCUUUUCUUUAAUGAUUUAUAUGAUAACUCCAAAGGCAAUCCCAAAAGAAAAGAUGUAAAGAAUGUUUUGAGCAAUGGUAGGAUUAUUGAAAUAAAUGUAUAACUAUCCAAAGUGAUUACUUUCAAAGAUGAUUUUUACUUAACGAUAUUAGGUCCGGCCAGGUGAAGUGACUCACGUCUGUAAUCCCAGCACUUUGGGAGGCCGAGGCGGGUGGAUCACCUGAGGUCAAGAGUGCAAGACCAGUCUGACCAAUAUGGUGAAACCCUGUCUCUGCAAAAAUACAAAAAUUAGCCUGGCAUGAUGGCAGGCGCCUGUAAUCCCAGCUACUCGGGAGGCUGAAGCAGGAGAAUCGCUUGAUCCUGUGAGGCGGAGGUUGCAGUAAGCUGAGAUCGGGCCAUUGCACUUCAGCUUGGGUGACAGAGUGAGACUCCGUC